CUGUUUCUCUGUCUCUGAUUCUGUGACACUCUCUUCUUCUGUCACUGUCUCUUUCUGUCUCUGAUUCGGUGUCACUUUUCUGUUUCUGUCUCUGUCACUGUUUGUCUCUAUCUGUGUCUCUCUGUUUUUAUCUUUUUGUUUCUGACUGUCACUGUCUCUGUGGGCUUCUGUCUUGUCACUCUGUCUCUGUCUCUGGAAAUGCAGAUGUGUUUUUGAAUGACUUCAGGUAAGCUACAGAGAGGACGUCCCUCUGGCUUCCCUCUGGAAACCCCCAGUGUGCUUGCUGAGAAGGGGAUGUGUUUGGGUGGCUGCCAUGUCUCUGUGCAGGUGAUUGAGCCAUGGCUGGUGGCUGCCUCCUGCUCUCAUGGGUACUCAUGGGCCCCAGAGUGUCCUGAUCACCUGUUCCCAGUGUCACUUUUGCUGGUUGGCAGGAGAAAGGGCACAAACAGAAGACACUCAGGCCACAGGACAGGUACCAGCUAGAUUCUCAGGGUAUCCUGUAUGCGGGUGGCCUUGUUGGUAUUCUGUAUGUGGGAGGGGGGCUCUCCCUGCAGUGUGGGAGUGGGUGAGCAUGGGUUUGAGCUAUCUGCCCAUCUAGCUCUGUACAGAGGUUUGCAGGAUGGUGUGGAGGGUGCUGGUCGCUGGGCUGGGAAGCCCUUGCUGCAUGCUGGGCCCAUGAGAACCAGGUGGAGUGUGAGUCGCCACCACAUGCUCCUCAGACUUUGGGGGUGUUUUGAGUUGCAUCUGACCAGUGUGGGGUUCAGUCCACCAAAUUAUUGGGGCCACUCCAGAGGCUGCCCCCCCCAGUCCACUGGCAAAAUUUUGCAAAUGCACUUGGCUUUGGUUUUGGUCCUGCAAAAGUCUGUGGGAGCCUGGGCCCCCCAGGGCAGGGAGGACACUCAGAGAUGGAGGACCUGUCCAGCAGGUGGUGCUGCAGUUCGGUCACUACAUAAACUGUGUCUCUCUUGUUUGUCUCCCUACGUGCCUCCGAGCCCCUUUCCUGGACAGUGGACCACAGCAUGUUCGAGAACGUGAACGCAGCCCUGACACCCAAGCUGCAGGCUAGCCACUCAGUGCCUCACCUCUCCUGGCCAGCAGCCCCCAGUGCCCUGCGCUACCUGGGCAAGACUGUGGGCACCAAGGUCAAUGACCUCCUGCGGAGGAAGGAAGCCUGGGGCCCUGUUGGCCUAGGCUCGAUGGAGGUCAACCGGACAGCAGGAUUCCAGCUAGCCAGAGGGGCUGACAUGGAGGAUGAGGACAGGUCAUCCCCGCCAGAGGCCUUCCCGCGGCUGGACCCCCCACCCCCCAUCACCAGGAAGCGGACCCCGCGGGCACUGACCACCCCUCAGGACAUGCUCAUCUCCUCCCAGCCUGUGCUGAAUAGCCUGGAUGGGGGUGCUGAGCCUCCCAACUCCUCUUCCACCUCACAGACAGACCCCGCAGACCCCACGCCAGUGCUGGGGAUCCCCACGGAGGGGGACCACAGGGACAUGGGCAUGGCGAAUGGGGAGGUGACACUGUCGGUGCCGGACCUCAUCCACCAGGACAGCCAGGAGGCACCCAAGGGCCGCAGGAGCUCCGAUGCUGGCCUCAAACUCAGCCUCAACCCCACCAGCCCCAUCCCAUGGCUGGAAAACAGCAGCCCCCCUGCCCAGCCACUGACCCCCAGCCUGGAGCCUGAGGGGCCUCACCCUGACCUGCUGUCCUUCGAGUAGAGACUGCUUUCCCAUCAUGCACCCCACUCUCUGCUUCUCUCCAGGUGUGGGGGUGGGGUAGGGGGGAGGCAGCUCUGAGUGGCCAGGAGGUGUCCUAACAGUUGACCUGUGCUCAGGCAUGGCCAGAGGCCAGGGAUCGGUUCUCACCCCUAAUUUCCUAAGUUCUUUGGGGGAGCUGGCUCAGUGCAUGGGUGCUGGGCCUCCCUGCACCCCAGUUCCUGGUGAAUUUGGGGGGGCCCUAUGGGACCCUUUCUACCCCACCCCCAGGUCCUUCCUUCUACCCGGGGAUGGGCCCAACAGGAAUGAGCGAUUUGCUUGAUGAUGGGCUCAAGCCCUGAAAGCCACACUCUGACCCACCCCCCCAGGAAAGGAAGACCCCAAGGUUGCCUGUAUCUUAUCUGCAGACGUGAAUUCUGGAUGGGUCUCCUGACUUAAGAGGGCCACCCCCUCUAUCCAGAAGGAGUGCUGGGACAGGGUCUUCUUCCCUGGGCUACUGCAUGGGGCAGGAUACAAUCGUAGGGGGGUGGGGGGGAGGGGGAAGGGGAGCUGUCGGGGCGGGCAGGACACACUGUCAAGGUGUACCUGACACAACCUUCUCCUCCACCCCUUUCAAAGCAAGGCUUCCUCAGUGCUCACUGGGAACUGCCCCUUCCUCACAAGGUGUGUGAUCCCAUGGGGGAGGGGAGGAGCCACAGAGUCCCCAUCUCCCCCCAGAACCUCAGGGAACCCUAAGGUCCCCGGUACUGAGAACAUGCCAGGUGAGGGAGUGCAGGAUGAGGUGAGCCUGUACACUGGGGGGUUCUGCCUCUCUGGGGGUGGGGGAUGGAUCACAGUGGCUCCCUAGGCCUUGCAUGGUGGGGAGGAAGCUACUUUCCACUCCAUUCUCACCCAACCCUCCAGGUCCCAGCCUCAGCCCUGGGGCCUCCAGUGGCCUAUGACUACGUCCCUUGUCCUGCAGCCUGGCCCAGAUGUAGCAGGAGUGCUUGGUGCUAAGGUUUUGUGUCCCCCAACAUGGCCAAAACCCAGCACCACCCUCGGGCCCCCAAUUUCCAGUGUCUUUUUCAGCACCCUGACCUUCCCUCUCUCUCUCUCUCUCUCUCUCUCUCUCUCUCUCACACACACACACACACACACACACACACACACACACUCAGCCCUGGCUUCCUCCUCUCCCUCCAUGUCCCUGUCCUACACAUCCAACCCUGAGAUGUAACAGACUGUCUUCCAGAAUAUGUAAGAGGCUGUGUGUCAGGAGUGCCACUUGGGUAGGAGGGACAGACGUGUCACCUGCUGACCUGCCUGGCAAAUACUGUGUCCCCCAUCUGAGUCUUUUUCUAGAGGUUUUUCUAUUUAUAUUUUGUGUCAGGCUCUGGUAGGAAAGAAACCAUUCAAUAAAAGAAGGUUUUGGUCUUG